AUGCUUUACGCUUUAUGCUCGCGCCGUACGGCUCGAGUGGUGCGGCUCGAGCUCGGCCGGCCCGGCAAAAGUCUCCCGAUCCAGCGCCGUGCCGUAUAUAAAAGAGCGCCGUGCCUGGCCCCGCCACACCGUACCCGCCAAUCAAGCUAUGCUCUAUGCUACUUUAUCUUUAUUUUUUCUAUUUUCUAUUUUCUAUUUUCAAUUUUCAAUUUUAACUUUCAAUUUAAAUCUUUUUUCUCUUUACGCUACACUAUACACUCCUAUAUUAUGCCACGCAAUACUUCACCCCGCACACGUGCCCCCGCACGUGGCCCCGCAAAUAUUUCCUCAAACCGGAACCCUGCAUUAGACCCUGAAGAUCGUCAUCCGGGAAAAGACCCCACCACACGCUACCCACGCUACCCGGUCACACGUCAUCCAGCCACAUGCCCCAGACUUUCUGAUAGCCCAUUGGAUGAUUUCCAACGUUUGUGUUAUGCCACAGGCGGUCCCGGGCCAGACCCGAUCCCGGUUUCGUACCAUUCUGCAGCCGCCGAACAAUUUCUUCAUCCGGCAUACUUGGGGAAUGUUACUUCGGCAACCCCGGAAUUGCCUCCUGGUACCAAACCACAUACGAUUGAAUGUUUCGAGUUUCGUCUACCAGAUAUUUCUGCAACCCCAAACGCUCCCUCGGCUGGGUUGCUGAAAGCCGCUGUGCAUCGUAACCCUGAGGGGCCUCCAAAGACUAGUGAAAAUACUGUUUCCAAGAACCAACAGUUUAAAUUGGCCAAGCUAAAUCACUCGUUGCAUUCUGAGGAACAUUUUAUUAACCCAAACAAUUGUGUCAUUUGGGAUAGGAAUUCCGGCCAUGUGUUUUUAACUGGUAUUUGGAGAUUGUAUCAAGAUGUGAUGAAUGCCUUAGUGACGCUUGAUCGUGAUGGUAUGGAUUCCAGCUCGGCACAAGAUAUAUGUGCCAGGGAAUUAACCCAUGUAUUGGAAAAGACCUUUUACGACCCAUCAUUGGCUGUGGAAGAUCCGCCACGUAAAAGAACAAAACGUGCUGAUUCAUUACCUUCGUCGUCGUCGUCGUCGUCAUCGGCCUCUUACUCUCCGACAAGCACAGCCAAGUAUACAGACUUCCAUUGGAACUUAAUCCCACAUGAACUCAAAGAUACUCUUGUAGAUGGCUACCGUGCCUUUCUUUGCAGACAAUACCCAGAGCAUGCCGAAGAAUUACGCCACGUCCCCUUUGCCAGUCUACUACAACGUAUCCGCGGAGGCUACAUCAAGAUCCAGGGCACUUGGUUGCCCUAUGAAGUUUCGCGCCAGAUCUGUACACGGUUCUGUUUCCCGAUCCGCCACUUGCUGGUUCCUCUGUUUGGACCACAGUUCCCUGCUGCUUGUGAAGCUUGUUUAAGAAGCCAUGGUAGUCGUUCUUCGAUUCCAACGUCUACCUCCAUCUCAAAUGCUGCUCCACAUUUGACUCUACAUUCUUCAGUCCCUGCCAAGAAACUGGUCAAGAAAAGACCCCGCCACACAUCUUUGCCACAGACCCCACCACACGCCCCACCAUCAAAUGUGGCCCCACCACUUGCCACUUCUCCAAUUGCCAUUUCACCACAACAACAAUUACCUCCGUUAAGUUCACUUGUCUCUUUACCAGCCGAUGAUCAACCUACACUCCACACGCUUUGUACUUUGGCCUCAUUUUAUACGACCCGAGGCCAUCGUUAUUCUUAUCCGGCUGGGUUAACCGCCCAUGGUCCUUCGGGAACCACCCACGGGCUGGAGCCCAAUAGCCAUUAUUCGCCACAGCCACCAUUCACACAAGCUUUAGCUAAUUAUUCUUAUGGCCCAUUAAAGAGCAAUACCACUAUCAAUACUACUAAUACCGCCUCUCUCGAUACGUCAUCUUCAAUAGCCCCCACCACAGCUACAGCCACACUUUCUCGUUCUCCUUCUCAUUCCUAUUUGACCCCGCCACAUUCUUCUCCUGCACUUUUGACCCCACCACGACUAUCACCCACAACAAACGUGACUCCACCACUUCUUUCUCCAUCAUAUAUGUCACCAACAAGAUUAUCUCCAGCCGCCCAUCUGUCUCCAGCUCACGUGCCCUCGUCGCCACCUUCCCGUUUUGGCAUGAAAUUUAUAGAUUCAAACCAUUUCACUUCAUAUACUCAUACCCAUUGA